CAACCUGAUGUCAAGAAGACAGUGAAGUUUUGUCAAUUCCACUUUAACAACAUAUUAUUUUAGUUGAUUAUAUUCUGUGAUCGAAGAUAUGGAUGAAGAAGCGGAUGUUCAAGAUUUGAAGAUAAAAAAUAUUAUAGGAUUCGAUGGUAGUACAAACAAUAGUUUGAAGGUACAUCCAAACGGAAAACACAUAAUCUACCCGAUAGGGAAUAAAGUAGCCAUACAGGAAUGGGCGACCAAAAAACAAAUCUUUUUGAGUGGACAUACAAACAUCAUCUCUUCGAUAGCUGUAUCAAAAACUGGGAAAUACAUAGCUAGCGGACAAAUAAACCACAUCGGCUUUAAGGCUAUGGUUAUAAUAUGGAGUUUUGACAAACAAUGCAAGAUAUCACAAUAUGAGCACCACAAGGUCCGCGUUGAGGCUGUGACAUUUUCUAAUGAUGAACAAUAUGUGUUCACUAUAGGCGGAAGAGAUUGCGGCUUUGUUGUUGUUUGGGACAUACAGUUAGGACAGGUCAUUUGUGGAUCUCAGUUAGCGAGAGGUGUGCAAGGUGAUGCAACAGUGUUACACGCGAUGAAUAAACGUGGAGCCUGUUUUAUAACUGGUGGAGAUGGUCACUUAGCUGUAUGGAAAGUGGACAAGGAAGCCAGGAACGUUACUUCCGUAGACGUUGCUACGUCAAAACUGAAAAGGAAGGUUCUCUGUAUGGACGUCAACGAAAGAGAUGAGCUUUGCUAUUGUGGAACGACCAGCGGAGAUGUCCUAAAAAUAAGAUUAAAUUUCCACCAUGAUCCAGAAAUUUUGGAACCAGUCAAGCAGCCCAGCGUUAUCGGUUGUUGGGCGAGAUUGUCAAGAAAAAAACUGCCUCGUGGCGUUGUUGAUCUAUACGAAUGUGGUGUUCGUUCAAUACGAGUACUCUUUACUGGAAAACUCCUCAUUGGAGCAGGCAACGGAAAACUAGAGCUUGUAGAAGAAUCUCAGCCAAAAGUACCGGACCCUUACGUGAAAUAUCCUUCGGUACCUGGCUUAAAAGUUCUCAAGUCUACCCAUGUGAAAGAAGCAAUCACUUCCAUUCAACUUUUAAACGAAGACACGAUACUGGCAGCCACAGAGCUCUGCGAGAUUUUCCUCAUUCCAUUUGAUAAGUUCGAAGCAGCUUUGGUGUUUACUGGUCAUACAACCACCAUUCAUUGUAUCGCCUUUCCACACAACUUCAGCGAGGUGUUCGCUACAGCCAGCAAGAACAGCGUACGUAUUUGGGAAAGCAGUUCUGUCCAAGAACUGUUGCGUAUCUGUGUCCAGAAUUUCUCCUGUUCUAGCGUGGCGUUCGCCAAGGACGGAAAGUCCAUCCUGACUGGGUGGAGCGAUGGAGUCAUCCGUUCUUUCACACCCCUAACUGGACGUCUCAUCUACGCAAUUCUUAAUGCUCACAAUAAAGGGGUAUCCGCUCUAGCUAUCACAUCACAUGGAAGGAAUCUCGUUACUGGUGGCUGCGAGGGACAAAUAAGACUAUGGGAAGUGACUCCAUUUCGUCAGACGUUGGUCUGUACGUUGAAAGAGCACAGAGGUCCCGUUUCUGCCAUUGACAUCAACAAGUGGGACAAUGAAGCGGCCAGUGCCAGCACUGAUGGCACUUGCAUCAUUUGGGAUCUAGAGAGGAAAUGUCGUAGGCAAAUCUUGUUUGCCAAAACAUUGUUCAUGUGCGUUAAAUACUAUCCAACUGCUGUGCAAAUUAUUACAGGCGGAUCUGACAGAAAAAUAGCUUACUGGGAGGUUCUCGAUGGAAGUCUUGUCAGAGAACUGGAAGGAUCUCCUUCUGGAACCAUUAACUGCUUGGACAUAUCCCAUGAUGGAGACAGAAUACUUUCAGGAGGAAAUGAUCAGAUAGUAAAGCUAUGGAAAUACCAAGAAGGUACUGCAACCCACAUAGGAGUUGGGCAUGCAGCAGUGAUAACAGCAGCAAGAUUCAGCUCUGAUGAUAAAUUUCUGGUAACUUGCGAUGCAGCCGGAGGAAUAUUCGUAUGGGAAUGCCCCAGGGAUGAGCAGAAGGUUGGGAAGAAGCAAAAAGAUGAAAAAUUUGUAGGAGAGAAGCCCCCGUCUACAAGAGACGAGGAAGAUAUUAGAGACUUACCUAGCGUACGAAGCCAGAAGAGUAUUGACGGUGUGCCACAAGCAAAACACCCUGCAGGAUGUGAAUGCUGCAGGUGCUCAGCAGAAUCCGCAAGAUCAAUUGGAAGUGGGGAAGAUUGCUGUGAAUCUGUCAGAUCGAAUAGCUCACAAAAAUCAAAAAAAUCCCAUAUCAGCCAGAAAUCAAAUCAAAGCCAAAAGUCUAAACAGACCCAAAAGUCGAAUCAAAGCCAAACAUCGAACCCAAGCCUAAAGAGUCUUCCUAGGUCACAGCACAGCAAGGAUUCCGUCUCUUUCAAGGACAAGGAGUGAGUCGUUUAAGUAAAAUGAUUUUGAUACAGGAACAUUUUUAUAAUUAUAAUUUUAUAUCUUUUUUAAUAUACGAAUUUAUCAAGA